GGCCACCGCCACAACAAAAGUGAACGUCACCGAGAGCGCAUACCACGCGCGUCGGCCAGUCGCUUGACAGUACGUUUUCGAGCGUGUCUUACGCGUCUCGUGCGGCCCGUGCUCUCGCGAUGCCCAAGUGGUGGUUGGUGGUGCUACUGGCAGCGAGUGCGGCGGCGGGCGGCCGCCUGCCCCGUACCUCGCCGCCCGCCUCAGCGCCCGCGCCCGCGCCCGCUCCUGCGCCCGCUCCGCGCCUUCCCCAGAGGAACUUUACCCUGUCCAGCAGGACAUCCGUGCGGAACAGGGAACAAUAUAUAUUUAACGUCUUCGAAGUUAUUGUGAGUACAUUGGAGACUAAAUUACAAAGGAUAGAAAACUUAGAUAAAGCUGUCGAACAUUUGAUGCGAAGGGUAGAAGCGUUGGAUUCUCGUGUUAAUGACAAUAUACACAAAACUGAUGCCAUUAUUUCAAAAUUAGGAAGCCUCGAUUUAAAACUAUUCAGUCAACUGAAUCGAGAUGAAGAAGAAGUGUUAACUGAGAGGACUGUUAAUAGAAAGAGUGAAAAUAAAAUUAGCGGUACACAAUUACUUGACAGAAAGUUAGAAUCCUUAGAUCAAAAAGUAUCAGACAUUGAUUCAAAAUUAGUCGGCUUAAAAAAUCAAAUUGACAACAAUUUCUUGCCAGUCGAUGAUAUUAAUGCUGAAGCUAGCGAAAAGAAGCCGAUCAAUUUAAACGUUGUAGAAAUUGCGAAAGGUCUUAAUACAGAAGUAGUUAAUACGAUAACAAAAGAAGUCGACCAACUAAGAACUUCAAUGUCUACCGUCGAUCGUAAGCUACAAUUUCACAUUAAUCUUGUUUCUGAAAAUUUGGGAAAAGUGCUGUAUAUGAUGGCAGAUGUCCAUGCAGCUAUUGUUGAACCUGACUCUGCUUCAAUAAAUGUUAAUAACAUUUUUAAAAACAGGACAACAACAAGUACACAAUCUCCCAUUUCAAAAGGGAGUAAAAUAGAUACACUUGUAAAUAAAAUUAUUCCUAUGAUGAGCGUGUCAGAAAAAAUGGAUGAAGUUUGGGAUGUAGUUGUUGGUACUAAAAGUUCUGUUGACGAUCUAGUGCCAAAAUCAGAUGAGCUGCUUACACAAACUCAAAGACAAGAGCGAGCCAUUGGUCAAAUUCACAACGACCUGAGACUUAAAACAAAUCUAAUUAUAGAAAAUUUGGAUAUGGUGGAAAAGCGACUAAAGAAGCAAGAAGAUGACGUCGCAACGCUAGCCCAGCGUCCAGUGCCUGCAGAACUGCUUCUGGAUCCGACGAUUGACAGGCUUGUGGAAUAUGCUCCAAACAGAUAUAGAUAUGAUGAGCCUUCUACUGAUCCUAAUACGAGUACUGUCGCAGCUACAACUUCGCCGAGCUUCUCUGCCACAAUCAAUAACAGCCUGAACACUCCGACCAGCCCGAGCAGUGCUAGCAGCUCGAGUAGCACAAACUCUCCUACGACCAUGGCGGCAACCAGUCCCAGCAACGUUAGUGGUAACACCACAAGCGGCGCCGGCAACUCUGGUCAACGCCCCGCUAGCCGUAAAGGUGGCAUCAUCUUCCCCAGCGUUAAAAACAAGCCCAUCAUCGGCAAUAACACUUUUGCCUCAGAGAUCGUCGCCAACUAUAAAGAUGUGAAAGGUUACUCAUGUGUCGAUCUUCUGAAUGCGGGCAUGCGGGAUUCUGGAGUCUAUUACUUACAAAUUCGAGGCACCACUUAUUGGUUCCUAAAGGUGUUCUGCGAGCAAAACGUCGCUGAUGGAGGAUGGACGGUUAUCCAUCGUCGCGACGAUUAUGGUGUUCCUGCAGAGAAUUUUAAUCGAGACUGGAGUGAUUAUAAAAAUGGUUUCGGAGAUCCUAACAAAGAAUUUUGGCUGGGCAAUGAAAACAUUUACAUGCUAACAAAUAAUGAUGAUUAUAUGCUUAGAGUAGAGCUUGAGGACUUCGAUGGAAACAAAAGAUAUGCGCAGUAUUCGCACUUCAAAAUAUACUCAGAAGCGGAAUACUACAAAUUAGAGAUCGAUGGCUACGAGGGCAAUGCGGGUGAUUCAUUAAACGACCCGUGGUACGGCUCAAACAACAGUCCCUUCUCAACGUACAAUAGAGACAACGAUAGAUCUUCCCUGAAUUGUGCAUCUAUGCUGAAGGGAGGUUGGUGGUGGAAGUCUUGCGGACGCGGUCUCAACGGUCUCUACCUUCAUGAUCCACAAGAUUUAACUGCCCGACAAGGGAUCGUAUGGUUCCGCUGGCGAGGUUGGGACUACACUCUGAAGCGGGCUUCAAUGAUGAUCAAACCCAAAGGCCUACAACCCAACACGUGAAGAUGACGACUCACUUAAUAGACAUCGUUAUAUCCGGCCACUGUUUAAAUUUACGGAUUUGUAAACGUAUAUUUUUUGUGUCAUAUAACCACAUUUCUAUUACAAAUGUGAAGAAAUAUAAGGUUACUAAUACACGUGACAAAAAUAUUUUAAAAUGCCUAUCGAUUUACUCAAAAUGCGCUUAGGUACUGAGAUAUAUCGAUUCGUGUCCAUUUUAGGGAAUGAUACUCCAAUACACCGAAAUAGUAAUGUUGAAAAUAUAUAUGUACAGGUAAAACUUAAAAAAAAAUUACACCUAAGAAAAUUUGUGGCACGCGCAUUAAAGCUGCCUAAAUUUUGGCGGUAUAUAAUUAUUAUCAAAGUGCCUUUUAUACUUGUAACGGUUUUGAAUAAGAUGAACAUUUAUUUUUAUACGAUACUUUCAUAUUAUGUACAUUUAAAAACUCAUUUCGAGCAAAUAACAAAAUGAAAAUUGUAAAAACUAAAAACAACUGUGAUAAUUCAUAAAGAAAACAAAAACAACAUAAAAGAAAUAAUGUUUAAUAAUAAAUAAUCAACGAAAAUUAAUUCAGAAAAAAUCACUAAUAAUUUGUUUAAGUAGUUCAAGUUCUUUGUGUUCAUUUCUGGUACUCUGUAAAUAUAAUAAAGCACUUAACAUUAUCAUUCUACCUUCAUUUUAGAUGUAACAAAAUUAUUUUUUAUUGUAAAUAACUGUUACCUGAAUCAUUGUAAUUGUACUGUGCCACACAUGCAGUGAAUUAACUUAUUUAUUGUUAAUCUGAAACAUGAAAUCUUUGGUUAAUUAGAUAUACGCUAUUAAUUAUAAGUUUAAAUUGUAAUAAGUGUAAAUAAUAAUGUCUACCGAAAAAUUGAAGAAUAAGAUAAGAUUGAUAUUGAACAGCGCAAAUACUAUAAUACUCUCGUCGCAAUUAGCGAAUGCUACUAUUUAUUCUACUAUACGAAAAAUUAUUUAUAUAAUUCGCUACAAUUGCGAUCAAAGUACUUUACAGGUUUAAAUAUAUGCGUCUGUAUACUACGGAAUUCUAUUUUAUAAACAUAAAUACCUAUUAUAUUGUUUACAAGAUACCUUAUUCUAAAAUACAUUUAAAAGAAAUAUUUCUUAUUAUACAUUCAAACACAAGUGUUUUCGUCAACAUUUUAGCAUUCAUUAUAUACUGUUUUACUUUGUAAUUACUUUUCUAAGGUAUCUAGUUAACUUAUACGAUACAUAAUUAAAUAUCAUACUAUUAUACCGUUAAUAUUAUAUUAUUUUUUAUAAUUUUUUUAAAAUGUAGUUGAAAUAUUAUAUUUAACAAUUGUUGAUCCAAAUAUAUAUGUACACAGUUAUUAAAUGCAUAUACUUAAAUAUAAAGCUACAAAUUUUAAA